CCAGCAUGGCUUUCUACGCAGAGUCGUGGCUAACCGAGGUGUUGGUAGCCCUGUCGCUGGUAGUGGCGGCAGUGUACGCGUGGUUCUCGUACUCUUAUAAGUAUUGGCAAAGGAAGGGUGUGCCCUACCUCGAGCCGCGGUUCCCCUUCGGCAAUGUCUACAACAGCUUCGUGGGAAAGACGUCCCGGCCGAUCGAACUGAAUGAAGCUUACCUGCAGUUUAAAGGCCAACGUUUCGGUGGAAUAUAUUUCUUUAACCGACCGGGUCUCGUGAUAGUGGACCCAGAUUUGAUCCGUACAAUUCUCGUCAAGGACUUCUGGACCUUCCGGGACAGAGGAGUGAAGACGGACGAAAAUGAACCUCUGAACGGCCACCUUUUUCUACUUGGCGGGAACAAAUGGAGGAGGCUGCGUGUAAAGCUGACACCCACGUUCACUUCUGGCAAGAUGAAGAUGAUGUUCCAGGGUGUGGGCAGCUACGCACAAGUACCUCAGAAACAUCUCAAAGAGUGA